AUGAGUUUAGAAAUCCCAGGACCGUCGCCGUCGCGGCCAGCGUCAGCGGCUGUUGGGUAUGGACCUUCCCCCAGCCAGUCACGUAAACCACCUCAACAACACCGCGCUUCUCACCAAGUUGUUUCAUCGACAACGUCGCCGAAUGACCCCCAAACCCAAACUUCCUCUUUCACCGAUGUCUACUCUCACCCAGCUGCUGUAGCCUUUGCGGCAGCCCAUCCUCGCCGAACAAUCCCUAAAUUCGGUCCAUAUCUGCUCCUUCAAACUCUGGGAGAAGGCGAAUUCGGCAAAGUCAAGUUGGGACUGCAUUCUCAAUGGGGCGAGGAGGUUGCUGUCAAACUUAUCCGUCGUGGUAACGUGGAUACUGCUGUUCGGAUGUCCAAAGUAGAAAGGGAAAUUGAAGUUUUACGGACCUUGAAGCAUCCGAGCAUCGUCCGCCUAUACGACGUAAUAGAGACCGACAAGUACAUCGGCAUCAUAAUAGAAUACGCCAGCGGCGGAGAACUAUUUGACUUCAUUCUCGCUCACCGCUACCUUCGUGAACGCGACGCCUCCAAGCUCUUUUCGCAACUCAUUUCCGGUGUCUGGUACAUCCACCAAAAAAAAAUUGUCCAUCGUGAUCUGAAGCUCGAAAACUUACUCCUUGACCGACAUCGUAAUGUUAUCAUAACCGAUUUUGGUUUUGCCAACCGCUUCGAGCACAAAGCGGACGAUCUGAUGCAAACCUCAUGUGGCUCUCCCUGCUAUGCUGCCCCCGAACUUGUCAUUUCUGAAGGCCUCUAUGUCGGCAGUGCAGUCGACAUCUGGAGUUGCGGCGUCAUUUUAUAUGCGAUGCUCGCUGGAUACCUUCCAUUCGACGACGAUCCAGCCAAUCCCGAUGGCGACAACAUAAACCUUCUCUACAAAUACAUUGUCAACACUCCGCUCUCAUUCCCUGACUACAUUUCAGACGAAGCCCGCGAUUUGUUGAAAAUGAUGCUUGUCCCCGACCCUCGCAAGCGUGCAAGCCUAGAAGGUGUCAUGCGCCAUCCCUGGCUGGCAGCCUAUCACGUCCCCCCAACAGACCCCACAGUUCCCAAUGCUUUUGGUCGAACAGUAGAAGAGCUUGAAAAAGCUGCGAUAGAACAGCAUCAAAUGAAGCGUCUCGCCUACCAGCGACAAAUGCGGGCGACAGCCAAUGGAAAUGCCAACCCCUCAUCAUCAGUGUCUCGCUCCCAGACGCAAGUUGCCUCGCAAAGCCAGCGGAGUCGGCGUGGCCAACCAGAAAUGUUAUACGACUCAUCUUCUGCCGCAGCUUAUGCCGAUAAUGACGAGGAUCCGUUCGCGGCACCGCCUGGAUCUAGACGCCCAGCCGACAAUACGCUUGAAGAAGGCGUCGCCAGGGGGGAACCCAGGCAACGAGGCAAUGAUGGCGAAGCACACCAGAAUAAGGACGAGACAGAAACAACCCCCAAAAAGGGGAAAGAAAAGGAAGACAAGUUCAGACAUACAAUCCAGGUCGAGUAUGAUAGUCAGCAAAGAGUUCAUCGACCACGUGCCGCCAGUCCACCGAAGGAGAAUGAUCAAUCCAGAACGCCAACUCAGAGUCCCACACGAGAAAUGGCGACGACACCCACACCAUCUCUCCCAGUUCCAGUCUCCUCCUCUGCUCCCGUCUUGUCUUCUGCCCCCCUUCAACUAACGAAUGCCGAACAUCCACUCCCAACUUCGAGCCCUAACGCAAGCAUAGCAGAACGCAAAGAAAGAAGGAGGCGCGGCAGUGCCUCUUCCAGCGGAGUCGCGUCACCCGCAAAGCCUCUCCCGCCGAGCCCUUCUAGUCCACCAACGACAUGGAAGGGCACAAGCUCGUCUGUAAAGAAUACUGUGGGGACAGGAGAUGUUGAACGACCCACAGUCAUGGAUGUGUUCCCAGAAAAAGAUCCCGCAGCAGAAAAACUGACACCUCAGGACAAGGUCGCUCCAGAGAAAGAGGCCACCAAGAAAAACAGACGAAACACGCUUACAGGCCUAACGGUGAUGGUGAACCCAAUCAACUCCAUCAGGGCCAAUAUGUCACGCAAAAGAGAGCCUUCAACGACUACAAAUAGCACUCCUUCAAUGCAACUCGUGCCCCCUACACCUCAAUCCUCCAGUGCAGACAAAUCAUUUGAUCCUGAGGUCAAUGGUUCUGGAGGGGCUGCGAUGAAAGCAAGUACAACCAAGGCUCGCACAGUGAUGCAGUGGAUUCGCAAGGGACGCAACAGUAUGACCGUCACUGGAAAUAGUAGUGCAAGCAGUAGUGUGAUCAAUGAGCCUACUUCUACGGCCGAGCCCAGCGAAACAAGUCCCGUUCAAGUCGUCGUCACAACGCCGAGCAGAAACACACAACUAUCACCCAUCGCUACGAAUCCUGUUUCCGGAGGACGCAAAACCGGCGAUAAUAUUCAGCCAGCUACCUCUAUUGCGCCUACGCCAACAUCGGCAACACCCAGUUUCACAUCACGUUUCCGGCGGUCGAUCAAUAUUGGCGGUGGAGGGACAGUCAAAGAGAAAACUCCGCGAGAUGCACCAUCAGGCGGUAGUGUUCUUCGUGUUCAUCACGGCGCGGUGGAUACUGGCACGAUUACCAGCGGACAACCACCAGAAGUGAUGCGCCAUGUUAAGGCUGUGUUAGAGGGAAUGGGAGUCGAAAUCCAAAUAGAAAGCGAGUACAAGUUCCGUUGUAUUCGGGGCAAACAACGGCGCAGAACUGCUCCCAGCAAUUCUACAGGUCCGGGGGUGGCUGCCUUCACAAUGACGGGGAGCGCGGCUUCAAACGGGGUCGACAAACGAGGGCUUCCUCUACCUGCUCAAAACUCGUUCAGUGGUGGCGGUAUGCUCCGUGGGCUGCUUAUGCGGCGCCAAUCUUCACAAGUCUCCUCUGCCGGGCCUGGAUCUACCUCGCUUGAUGGUGACGAUCCACUAAACAACAGUGGUAUUCUCACGUCUGAGCCUGCCUCUUUGGCAGACACGGUUUAUGGUGAAUCAUCAGAGGAUGCUGGUGAUGAAGUUCGCUUCUCAGUCGAGCUCACUCGAAUCGAUCGAAUCACUGACAUGUACAGUCUCGACAUCCGGAGACUGAAAGGCAACCUGCGGAGCUACAAGUUCCUUUAUGACACUCUGAAGAAGCGAGCCGACCUACAGCGUUGA